GGCGAAACUGCGAGUCAAUCGGCGAGAGUCUCCGAGGCUUGGUGACAUCUCUUGGCGACAAAGACCAGAAUAUGACGGGUUGUGGGAGAAGCGAGGUGGAUCUACAUCGGAAGUCUCGCCGAGAUGCUUCGACGGCUCAACGACCCUGAUAAUGCAUGCUAUCUUGUGGUGUCGAGAUAGUGGGUUAGGAGCGUCCCUGCCCCAUAUCCACAACCUCCAGACCUUCAACAGUUUCCUGCUCGAGACUCCGCUAGCCCGCACGGAUGGCACUGACCUCGCAAGAAUAAAACCCCGCGAUUCCCCCAGAGCAUAGUUCUCUUCAUUCAGCAACUCAGCAUCUUCACAGCUGGGCAAGAAAACGUGGGAGGCUUUCAACUCCCCUAUCACCUCAUCAUUUUGAUCAAAUUGCUCCAGCCAACAUGAACACCAAUCCGAAUGAGUAUCCCAAUUUGGGAGAGAAAGACUCGAGCCUAGAGAACGUCGAGGUAGCUGGCUACGUCGACGCCGAUCUUCCCGAUGUCUUGAGAAGCCUCUCCCAAGAGCAGCGUACAGCACUCGAGAAGAAACUUGUCCGCAGGAUUGACCUCCGCAGUCUGCCAAUCCUCAUCAUCCUCUUUCUGCUGAACAUCCUGGACCGAAACGCCAUUGCCAACGCUCGCUUGGGUGGGUUGGAAGACACCCUCAAGAUUGACGACACCCAAUAUCAGACUGCAGUCAUGGUCCUCUGGGCAGGUUAUAUCUCCAUGAUGGUGCCCUCAAACAUGCUACUGAGUGUCUUCAAGCCAAGAAUAUACCUGCCGACCGUUGUUAUCAUUUGGGGCAUUGUAUCUGGUUCAACAGGCUUUGUCCAGAAUUACACUGGGCUUGUGGUCCUGAGGUUCCUGGUUGGUGUGACGGAGGCACCGUACUUUGUCGGAUGUAUCUUCUUCCUCUCAUGUUGGUACACCAAGAGGGAGCUCCCCAGUAGAAUCUCCAUCUUCUAUUCGGGCUAUACGCUCUCCUCAGCCUUUGGCGGUCUCAUUGCUGCUGGCAUCAUCGACGGCAUGGAUGGAGUAGGGGGCUAUCGAUCUUGGCGUUGGGUUUUUAUCCUGGAAGGUGCUCUUACCAUCGUGGUCGCCUGCCUCGGAUACUUCCUCCUACCCAACUUUCCAUCCAACACCCCUUGGCUGUCCGAGGAGGAACGUGCAAUGGCUCAAUACCGACUGUCCCGCGAGGCUGAUGGAGAAGCCGAUGAAGUCACGGAAUCGGUCUUCGUUGGCUUGAAACAAGCUCUUUCCGAUCCCAAGGUAUAUCUGCUCAUCUUCAUCCAGACUGCCUCUGUUGUGGGGAUGAGCUUCACAUACUUCUUCCCCUCUAUCGUCAAAACCCUUGGCUAUGGUAAGGUGGUAACGCUGUUGCUGACCGCUCCACCUUACUUUGCUGCGUUCCUGUUCUCCCUCCUCAACUCGUGGCACUCGGGAAAGACCCACGAGCGAUGCUUCCAUAUCGUGGCCGCAUGCUGCAUUUCUGCUUGCGGACAGAUCAUCUCCAUGUCGACCCACGUCCUGGGAGCUCGCUACUUUGCCAUGUUUCUACAGGCAAUGGGCGCGUUCUCCGCUUUCCAAAUCAUUCUCUCUUGGGUCUCGUCCACCAUUCCGCGACCAAAGGCCAAACGAGGCAUUGCAUUGGCCUUGGCAACUGCCAUUUCGAACGCAACAAACAUCAGCACUGCUUACCUCUAUCCAUCUUGGAAUGCUCCACUCUACAGGAUGGGAUGCAUCGUGCUUACUGUAGCACUGCUCUGCUGUGCCGCCUCAAGCCUCAUCCUACGUUUCUGGUUGCGAAGACUGAACCAAAAGGCUGACCGCGCCGCGGGACAUGAAGGAGUCGACAACGGCGCCGGCUUGUUGUUCAGAUAUGUCUUGUAGUGCUGGUAUGUGGUUCGUACCAAGGAUAGUCAGUAUCCGUUGGAUUGGACGGCUGUCUGAUACUGAGCACCGGUUGUCCCACGCUGUAGACGACGGACUCCAUAGAAAUAUCGAGCACUCAUAUCCGUUUGAGCCCGACGGACUCCCAAAGUCAGACUGUGCCACUUUUUCUGCAAAUAGGCUUGCCGUAAUCCCUAAUCCAGUGGUUUUGUCCCAACACACCUAAAGCAGGCACGUGAGCAGGGCGUAUUUCUACGGUGGACCAGAGACGACAGUUUGUGGAUGGCAAUCAUGGUUUGGCACGGAGUACUAACAAUCUCUACCAUCAACAUCGACUCCGAGCUCUAUCUACUCGUCCUCGGUCAUCUCAUUGCCUUGCUCCUAGUAUUCGGUCCCUCAUCUACUUUUAGCUGGAACCAGACACAGCAAGCCUAAAUCCGUUAGCACAAACAAAC